AUGAAGAGCCAGUGGCCUGAGGGGGCUUGGCAGAGCAGCAGAGUGGAAGCCAACCUCUGUCUGAGCAGAGUGGGGAGAGUAAACAUUAACAAAGUAAACAUUUAUCAAAGUAUAGGCAUAAGGAAACGAUUAGGCUGCAUACUGUAAAACACAUCAAGUAUUUUCAAGCAAAUGCUGGAGAGUAAAAUAAUUGAAUUGUAACUGUUUAUCGACCCUUGGUCUUUAUCAAGACCAUUAGGUCUCUUUUUUUUUUCUCUCCCUCUGAUGAAUAUCUACUUGGAUAUCCCGUACCAGCUUCAAUCCUCUGGGUGUGUAUGUUCUAACCCUUCUCUCACGGAAAUUGGGAAAUAAACAUGGUCAGAACAGAAGAACACAAAAGAGGAAGUGAAUUGUAGCUGGCCGGAGAACAAAACUGAGACUAAAUUCAUUUGAGCGCAGCGGCCUUGCUGUCAGAGUUCAAUGAGAGAGGAAACCUGAGGGGGGGUCAUGGUAUGAGAGAGAACUUUGAUAAAGCCUCUUGCUCCAAACCGAGUGUAUCCACACCGAAGACACUGGGGUGUUUCAGAAGUUCUGAAACCCAUCGGUUGGCAUGUUGGGUCAAGUUCAUGGCUUCGUGCACAUACUUACACUACCAGACUGGUACAAAACCAUCUCUGAGAAGUACAGGAAGUAACCAGUGAACUACCACAGCUAGAGAUGUGAUCACUCUGAGUGUGUUUUGGUGCGAUGGUGUGAGAUGUAGGCCCACCACAUCAUUUGAAUCAGAUGUUGUCAUUGGCAGAGGCUCUGGUUGCUAAUGAAGCAGAAGUUUCUGUUUUUAAUGCAUUUUUAUACUGAACAAAAAUAUAAACGCAACAUGUAAGGUGUUGGUCCCAUGUUUCAUGAGUUGAAAUAAAAGAUCCCAGAAAUGUUCCAUACGCACAAAUCUUAUUUCUCUCAUUUUGUGCACAAAUUUCUUUACAUCCCUGUUAGUGAGCAUUUCUCCUUUGCCAAGAUAAUCCAUCCACCUGACUGGUGUGGCAUAUCAAGAAGCUGAUUAAACAGCGUGAUCAUUACACAGGUGGGGACACUAAAAUGUGUAGUUUUGUCACACAACACAAUGCCACAGAUGUCUCAAGUUUUGAGGGAGUGUGCAAUUGGCAUGCUGACUGCAGGAAUGUCCACCAGAGCAGUUGUCAGCGAAAUUAAUGUUCAUUUCUCUACCAUAAGCCACCUCCAAUGUCGUUUUAGAGAAUUUGGCAGUAUGUCCAACCAGCCUCCCAACCGCAGACCACGUGUAACCACACCAGCCCAGGACCGCCACAUCUGUCUUCUUCACCUGCGGGAUGGUCUGAGACGAGCCACCCGCUGAAACUGUGGGUUUGCACAACCAAAUAAAUUCUGCACAAACUGUUUGAGAAGCUCAUCUGCAUGCUCGUCGUCCUCACCAGGGUCUUGACCAGACUGUAGUUAGGCGUCAUUACCGACUUCAGUGGGCAAAUGCUAACCUUCGAUGGCCACUUGCAUGCUGGAGAAGUGCUCUUCACGGAUUUAAUCCCGGUUGCAACUGUACCAGGCAGGUGGAAGACUUGUAUGGAGUCGUGUUCACGAACGGUUUGCUGAUGUCAUGGGGCACUCUGUUCACAACGUUGGUGGGGUUAUGGUAUGGGCAGGCAUAAGCUACGGACAACGAACACGUUUUAUCGAUGGCAAUUUGAAUGCACAGAGAUACCGUGAAGAGAUACUGAGGCCCAUUGUCGUGCCAUUCAUCUGCCGCCAUCACCUCAUUUCAGCAUGAUAAUGCAUGGCCCCAUGUCGCAAGGAUCUGUACACAAUUCCUGGAAGCUGAACAUUUCCCAGUCACCCAUUGAGCAAGUUUGGGAUGCUCUGGAUCAACGUGUACGACAGUGUGUUCCAGUUCCCGCCAAUAUCCAUUCCAUCAACUUCGCACAGCCAUUGAAAAAGAGUGGGACAACAUUCCACAGGCUACAAUCAACAGCCUGAUCCACUCUAAGUGAAGGAGAUAUCGUGCUGCAUGAUGCAAAUGGUGGUCUCACCAGAUACUUACUUCUGAUCCACGCUCCUACUUUUUUAAGGUAUCUAUGACCAACAGAUAUUCAUACAGUACUAGUCAAAAGUUUUGACACACCUACUCAUUCAAGGGGUUUUCUUUAUUUUUACUAUUUUCUACAUUGUAGAAUAAUAGUGAAGACCUCAACUAUGAAAUAACACAUAUGGAAUCAUGUAGUAACCAAAAAAGUCUUAAACAAAUCCAAAUAUUUUAUAUUGGAGAUUCUUCAAAGUAGCCAACCUUUGCCUUGAUGACAGCUUUGCACACUCUUGGCAUUCUCUCAACCAGCUUCAUGAGGAAUGCUUUUCCAACAGUCUUGGAGUUCCCACAUGUGCUGAGCACUUGUUGGCUGCUUUUCCUUCAAUCUGCCGUCCGACUCAUCCCAAACCAUCUCAAUUGGGUUGAGGUCGGGGGAUUGUGGAGGCCAGGUCAUCUGAUGCAGCACUCCAUCACUCUCCUUCUUGGUAAAAUAGCCCUUACACAACCUGGAGGUGUGUUGGGUCUGGGUCAUUGUCCUGUUGAAAUACAAAUGAUAGUCCCACUAAGGCCAAACCAAAUGGGAUGGCGUAUCGCUGCAGAAUGCUGUGGUAGCCAUGCUGGUUAAGUGUGCCUUGAAUUUUAAAUAAAUCACAGACAGUGUCACCAGCAAAGCACCAUAACACCACCUCCUACAUGCUUUACGGUGGGAACUACACAUGCAGAGAUCAUCCGUUGACCCACACCGCGUCUCACACAGACACGGCGGUUGGAACCAAAAAUCUCCAAUUUGGACUCCAGACCAAAGGACACAUUUCCACUGGUCUAAUGUCCAUUGCUCGUGUUUCUUGGCCCAAGCGGGUCUCUUCUUCUUAUUGGUGUCCUUUAGUAGUGGUUUCUUUGCAGGAAUUCAACCAUGAAGGCCUGAUUCACACAGUCCCCUCUGAACAGUUGAUGUGUCUGACUUGACCAGUUCCUCUUACUGUAAGUCGAAGCCUAUCCCUGGGAACUCUCCGCCUUCACUCAACAAAGGCAAAACCGCUCUGGCAUUUGAUCUCAUGGGCAAGAGAUUAGGAGUAAAAGCACCCAGAAAGCCCCAGGAAAUAUUCAUUUAUUGCUAUCUCUAGUAGGCUACAUCACUUGCAGCCAAGGAGACCAAACAGAGUGAAUAAUGGGAUGAAUGUUUCUCUUUCUCCACCUUGCUCUUUCUCCAUCUUGGUUUUUGCUAUUAGCCUACUCCCCCUGUGUUUCCCUCUCGCCAGCUUUUGAUCUUCCUGGAAACGCCACUGCUGCUCCCAGAGAGUUGUGUUGACGUUAUUAAAUUGAGGUCAGGCUGACUUACUUCUUGGGAAGGGCGAGUUGCUUGCGCUGUAGCUUUUCAGCUGAAGUUUGGUUGAGAAUAAGGGCUCUUCCUUUAAUGAGCUCUUUUGACCUAGAAACGCUGACUCAUACAGUCAUACCUUUUCAUUAGUCGAUUCAUCAACUGUAAUGAUGGGCUCAACAAUAAUGUUCUCAGUCAGCAAACUUGCUUCUUCGGAGGCCAACUCUAGAGCUUACUCUUGUUGAAAUGGAGAGAAAUUGGCCAUCAGGGCUUUACUGAAGAAUGUUAAGACUUUGGUGGUGGAUAAUGAUUGUCCGCCAAUGCCAUUACCCACUCUCUCCCAUUACCUUGGUCAGCUAGACCAGGGGUCGACCAAUGCCUAGAAAACCCCUUCAGAAGGGGAUAUGCAGGUGGUGGAGGGGGACAUGCUUUGGCAUGUUUAAAGAAGGGAGACCUUAUAGCUGGUCAGAGUCCAUUAAGUCUGUGAAAUCCCAUGGUAGCUGGUUGUUAAACACCUUUGUUUGUUCUGUGUCCACCUGACUCACUCCCUCUGUCAACCUCAAUCAGCUCAAAGUCUAUGGCUGUGGAUCCGAGCACUCUGCUGUUCUUUAUAACCAGCAGUGCCUUUGGGCGGGUGGCAGUCCUCCAUUUUUAGAUAAGGGCUCUACGCUGACCUUAGGAGCACAUGCGCCUAAUUUGGAAAAAAUGUAGGUGCAAACAAAGAAAUGUAUGAGCACAACAAAAAAUAUUUUAAGUAUUAAAGCUAUAAUCAUACAUUUUUCUAGGCGAACUGGUGCUCCUAAAAGUCCAGGUCGCACAGCAAAAUAUUUAGGCACAUUUGAGAGUAGAAUGGUGGCACUAUAGUAUUGCACGGUAUACCGAAACUUCGGUACUUUUUAAAUACUAGAACAUGAAAAAUGGUUCAGUAGUUCAAAAAAAAAAAAACACUGGGUACUUCUGUCAGAUCAACUCUAUCAGUGUAGCCGAUGUCCCCCUUUUUAGCACGAAAGCACCGUGCCUGCUCCACUUAGCCUGCACUGGGAGUCUGGGCUGCAUCAUGUUAGCUCCCCACUCAUGCUGCACCGACGUUAACACACUUGAAUAAUGUGACACGCCAUGUAGAAAUGUUGAAACUGUUCAUUACUGUUUACAAAAAGUUACCGGUAGCUUCCAGCUUUGUAGGUUAACUUUUGUUGCUAGCUUACAGCUUAAGCUGUCUUCAAUUCACUAACCUUGAUACUUUGUUUGUGAUACCUUAACGCAAAAUAUGCUGAUUUCAUAGAUUGCCACCAAAACUUUAUUCAUUUACUUAAUAGGUCUCUUUCAUGUCGCUCCCAAAGAUUACCUAUUGCCUCAGCGAAAUGACUGGGCGGCCCAGUCAUGGCUAGUAUAUUUUAUUUUAUUUUAUUUUUUGCAUUUAAGCUAACCCUUUUCUUAACUUUAACCUAAUUCUCCUAACCUGCUAUGUUAAUUCUCCUAACCUGCUACGAAAAGGCAAAUCUGAUGUUAUUUUGUCAAAAGCUGGAUCCCUUCUAGCCAUGACCGGGCGGUCCUCUUGCCUCAUGAAUGACGUCAUUACUGGUUAGACGGCGCACACUUUGAUCAAAUAAGCUACUUCUACCUAUUUGUAAGUCGCUCUGGAUAAGAGCGUCUGCUAAAUGACGUAAAUGUAAAAAAAAUGUAAAUGUUCUAUGCAAAUGUUGUUGAUCAGUACAUAAGAUAAGUCCCAAAUGGAAGGGAAACAGAUUGUCAUCUGUAGCCAAGUAAAAUCUGGCAAUACAAGAUCAAGAACUCAAUGCAUGCACACAUUCCUAUUGAAUAUGCAUUCACCUGUAUUGUAAAUAGGCCUAGGCUACAUCUUGAUUUACCCAGUUUAUCAAUAGAGAUUUACCAUUCAAAGAAAUGAUUACCAUUAUGUUAUGUAGUUAGAUUGGUAAAAACUAAGUCAAAUUGAUUGUAUAAUUGAUUCAUUAAUGCAUACAUGGCUGUCUGAAAAAUGUUGACGUAAAACAUUUCUAAUGUAGUGAUAUUUACAUUUUAGUCAUUUAGCAGAUGCUCUUAUCCAGAGCAACUUACAUUAGCAAUUAGGGUUAAGUGCCUUGCUCAAGGGCACAUCGACAGAUUUUUCACCUAGUCGGCUCGGGGAUUAGAACCAGUGACCUUUCGAUUACUGGCACAACGCUCUUAACCACUAAGCUACCUGCCGCCCUCAAAAGAUGCCCAACUAUUGAACAGAGCAAUAGCUGAGUUUAUCUGUCUGGAUUAAGUGCCAUUCUGUGACUUUGGUUAAUAUGCCUUCUUUUUUGUAGUGGUAUCGUUUUGAUAUUGUUUUAGUAUCGAGAAUCGUGAUACUAACCCUGGUAAAAAAAAUCUGGUAUCGUGACAACACCUCACUGUAGAGCCCUUUUUAGAUAUUUUACCCUUCUCAAAUUCCCUAACAAUCAAAGGAAUGAACUUGAGACUGAAUGUAUUAAUUCAGAAGGAUCAUAAGACCAGCUUUAUUACACCAAGGUCCAAGGAUCAAGCAGGCUAUGACAUUACAAAUUGACUAAUCAAUGACAUCAUUCACAUCAAGGUAUUGGGAAUAUAAAUGGUCUACUCCCUACCCUCUGUUUUUCUGUAUGUUCUCCUUCUACUCUCUCUACCUCUUUCUCUCUCUCCCUCAUGUUGCUUAUUUGUUUCUCUGAUUUGCAUCAUGAUGACUCACCCUGUUCUGUGCCUCUGGGGAGGAUUCUGGAGCCCUCUUCAUCCCUUACUCAAACACAGCCUUUGUUUGGACUCAUCCCCCCCCCCCCCCCCCCUCCUCUCCCAAUGUGCUGCACCCUCUAUCAACAUUGAGCCCCACCUCUUUGUUUUGAACCAGGAGUGUUGCCAAAACUCUCAUAACUAGUUUGGGUGCCUGUGCCCAUCACUCCUACACUGCCUGGAAGCAAGCAAGUGAGGGUGAGGGGGACAAGGAAAGUGAGAGAAAUGCAUGGUGAAUGGCGCGAAAGGGCAGGGAAAGGAGAGUGUAGAGAUGAUGAGAAGUAAAGAGAUGAGGAUUGAAUGACUUGGAAACAUCUGUGGUGAACUGUGCUCUUGACAUGAAGAAUUAAAAUCUGUUCUUUGUCACAUUUCAAAAACAAUAAAUAGUUCCUGUGUCUCACAUCCUCCCUCUUCUCUCCGUGUUUCUCCAGGAUCCGGAGGUGGCUCUGCCGGUGCGUCAGCAGUCCAAGGCCUGGUGCUGGUGCAUGUGCCUGGGCCUGGCCCUCAUGCUGUCUGGCGUGGUGGUGGGAGGGGCCUACCUGUACAGGUACUACAUCCUGGAGGUGAGACUGGACUACUCAGACCCCAGCGUCUAUCUAUGGCUUACUAAAUGCACUAUAGCUGGCUUGAUUCUAAUGUAAUUUACACUUUUUUUUUGAAUAACUUAUUGUAUUUGAAUACAACAUAAUUCAAAUUUGUAUUUGACAAAAGAGACAUGAUGCUAGAAGGGUAAAUAAGUGUAAAUAUAAACGUUUUGCUGUGUUUCCUCCCUUCUAACAGGAGGGCCAGGUGUUUGUGUGCGGGGUGAAGUACCGUGAGGAAGACAUGAUGAUCCUGGAGGAGGAGGACGUGGAGGUGGACCUGCCCUCCAGAUUCAAGAUGAUCCAGGAGAACAUCCGCGUACUGGAGGACCAGGAGGUGGCUCUCAUCAACGUACCCGUGCCGGAGUUCGACGACAGCGACCCUGCCGACAUCGUCCACGACUUCCAAAGGGUAAGAGUCCGUAUUCCUGAAUUAGACCACUGCGCCACUCGGGAGUCAAUCCAGACCAUGGAUUGUCUGUGUUUAGUGGAGUUCCAUGAGGUUGUUCUCUGACUGAGUUUGUUCUGUUGGCUCCUCUCCACAGAGACUGACUGCCUACCUGGACCUGUUCCUGAACAAAUGCUACGUCAUCCCCCUCAACACCUCCAUUGUCAUGCCUCCCAAGGACUUCCUGGAGCUGUUGGUCAACAUCAAGGUAACAGGAACUGCUUUAUGAAUUAUGUUACAAUAAUGAUGGUAAUACAUUCGAUUUCUUACGCACUUGUCUGGACACCCAAUGUAAUCUUAUACUAUUUUUAUAAUGAUGUAAGACCAUCUCGGUGAUAACAAAUGUUUUGAAAUUAACCACCCAGUAGCACUAGGUCAUGAUACUAAUGAUAUGUUAUUCAAUGUUGUACCCCCAGGCUGGUACCUACCUUCCCCAGUCCUACUUGAUCCAUGAGGAGAUGGUGGUGACUGAGCGCCUGGAGGACGUGGAACAACUGGGAUACUUCAUUAACAACCUCUGCCAGGGCAAGGACACCUACAAGCUGGAGCGCAGAGACAGGAUCCUGGGUCAGUACACACAGACCUGUUUAAAUACACACACAUGCGCAUAUACAACACGCAUGUAUAUACAUCACACCUCACACACGCACACUACAUAGUUGUUUGGACAAGUUAAGAAUCAUGCGAACAUGCCCAAAGGUAAAGGGCUUCUCCUACAUUCAGCCUUCUUUGCAUGAGAUAUCGACUGACUGCUCUAAGCACACAGUUAGACCUCACAUACCUUAUACACCUCUCACACAAAGAUAUGCAUGUAUUCGCGCGCACACACACGUCUUAUAAAACUACCACAUGGGCAUUGCGACAUAUCUGAUUCAUACCUUUCCAAAAUGAUGUUUUCCCAAGUCUUGUAGGAGCCUGUAUGAACAACCAACCACCAUUGUGGCAGCUCAUAAUGGUUUUUAUCAGGUGUAGAUCAGCAUUUAACCUCUCCAUCCCCCACAUUACAGGUAUGCAGAAGAGAGAAGCUCUCAACUGCCACAAGAUCCGUCACUUUGAGAACAAGUUUGUGGUGGAGACCUUGAUCUGUGAGCCCUAG